GCCGCAAGGCCUCAUAUAAGGCUAAACACUCCUCCAAAACAAUAGAGAUUGACAGUACCAUACCUGUCAUGGAUGGCGCGAUUAAUUUACCACCGCGCAAAAGAGCUACUAGUCGGGCAAAAUCGACUAGACUUUGGAAAAGGGCAAAAGCCCAAUUAAACUCUGAAUCCAAGUUCAGUGAUAUUGAGGAGAAGUUCACCGAGUUCUAUAUGGAG